GGUAAACGGCGUCUACCACUCUUUGGAGGGGGAUGAAGUGAAGAGUCAACGCCAUCUGCAGAUCCUUGUGGCAAGCCUUCACCAUGCCAUCCUUUUACCUCGUCGUCCUAACCACCGUCUUCAUGGCCCUGAUGGCUGUGCUGACCUCUGGUGCCAGAACCACGCUCUGGCCCAAACCCCAGGGCACCAAGAAGCCUCCUCGAGCUGGGGGCGGUGGCGGAGGUGGACGGACCACCACCACAACCCCAUCCCCUUCCAGGAGCCUGCACACCGAAGACACAACCGACGUUUUGAUGGACGCAUACUCUCUGUCCCCUUUAGACGGCACCACCUACCCCAGCGACUCUUACCUGACCGAGUUCCACACCGAUGCCAUAGCGCCGCCCGGGAAUCCUCACGGAAACUAUACUCUCGACUACAAUGAAUGCUUCUUCAACAUGUGCGAAUGCUGUCCGCCUGAGCGAGGCCCCGUGGGGCCCAUGGGGGAGAGAGGGCCAUCGGGGCCACCGGGAGAGAGGGGCCCCGUGGGGUUACCAGGAGAGAGGGGAGAAACGGGGCCCAGAGGACCUCCAGGACCGGCGGGAUUACCUGGAGCCAAUGGACUCAAUGGCGACAUAGGUGAAAAAGGUGAACAAGGACCUGUGGGUCUGCCCGGCACUCCUGGGAUCCCGGGAAAACCUGGAGAAAAAGGUGAUCCAGGCCCCAAAGGAGACAAAGGUGAACGUGGAUUCACUGGUUUGAAAGGGGACCCAGGAGAAAGAGGAGAGCCGGGCCUGAAUGGGACUAAGGGGAGCACUGGGAGAGAGGGGCCUAUGGGUCCCCCAGGGAUAGCUGGGACAAAGGGUCAGAAAGGUGAACAGGGACACAUAGGCGAAUGUUUACCAGGCGAGAAAGGUGAUGUGGGUGAACGUGGGCCCCCUGGUCCGAGAGGGGAGAUCGGCCCCCCGGGGGUGAAUGGAACCGAUGGUGCGAAGGGAGCGAGAGGGGAGCCAGGGCCUCCAGGGGGGAAGGGGGAUACUGGGGCUAGGGGUCCCCCGGGACCUCCAGGUGGAAGGGGAAUGACAGGGUUGAGAGGUGAGAGGGGACCCAAAGGUGGGCGUGGGCUUCGGGGCCCUAAAGGUCCUCCAGGUGAGAGUGUGGAGCAGGUCCGCUCCGCUUUCAGUGUGGGUUUGUUCCCCAGCAGGUCCUUCCCUCCGCCCGGCCUGCCUGUGAAGUUUGACAAGGUGUUUUACAACGGGGAGGGACACUGGGACCCGACACUCAAUAAGUUCAACGUCACACACCCUGGGGUCUACUUGUUCAGUUAUCACAUCACCGUGCGCAACCGCCCUGUGCGCGCUGCCCUGGUGGUGAAUGGGAUACGGAAACUGCGAACAAGAGAUUCCCUGUACGGCCAGGACAUCGACCAGGCGUCCAACCUCGCCCUGAUGCAGCUGAGCGAGGGCGACCAGGUGUGGCUGGAGACGCUGAGGGACUGGAACGGGGUUUACUCCAGUAGUGAGGACGACAGCACGUUCUCUGGCUUCCUGCUUUACCCAGACUCAAAGGACAAACCCACCGCUACGGAAAACCUGUGACUAUGACCUCUGACCUUGAGUGAGCUCUGGUUUUAACUUCUUGUAGACCCUGCACAUCCUUCAGCCUGUUGCACAGCUUUGUGAAAUCACUGCAAAGUGGUAGAAAGUCAGCUAAGUAUUUCUGCUCUGUAUCUGCUUGCUGCUGUUGAACUAAUCAAACUAAAUGCAUUGCUUGCCCUGCGGUAUUGGGAGAUGGAUGUGACUUGAUGAUACUGCUAUAUGCGACAUUUCAGCUCUUUGUAACACUGCAUUAAAAACGACU